AUGGCGUACACCAACCCAGCUAACCACGGCUACACCAGGACUCAAGAAACCGAAUUAGAGCUUCUGAGAGCCAUCGAGCAGCGAGAAAACAUGUCUCAGCAAGGCUAUUAUCAGCCGCAACAACAGCCAUACUACGGUCCGCAGGGCGGGUAUGGCGCACCACCUCCUCAACCGUCGCAACCGCCGUACGGAUAUGCUCCUCAAUACAACCAAGGCCCGCCGCCACCUCCACAAUAUGUCCCGAAUUACAACGCAAACGAGAAGCAGGACUUUGCUCACACCUUCAAGGUCGAAAAGCCCAAAUGGAACGACCUCUGGGCAGGCAUCCUAUUCAUCCUCUUUGUCUUGGGCUUUGCCGCCGUCUCUGCCGUCUCGCUCCGUGGUUACACAUCGUCGCGGGGAACUCAGGGAGGAGGCAUCUACGAUGGCAGGAACAACUUUUCACUGUCGACGAACACCAUAAUCUUGUUCGCCAUCGUACUGGCAGUUGCGAUUGUACUCAGCUACGCAUACGUAUGGCUCGCGCGCUUGUUUCCCAAGCAGUUUAUCUGGGUCACGGGCAUCCUGAACAUUCUUAUGGGGUUCGCGACAGCAGCAUACUUCUUGUACCGAAGACAAUACGGAGCUGGCAUAGUUUUUCUCAUUUUCGUCAUUCUUCUGGUCGUUGCGUUCAUCACCUGGAUCCCGCGUAUCCCCUUCAGCGCCUUGAUGCUGCGGACGGCCGUGGAUGUUGCCAAGAACCACGGCCAUGUCUACCUUGUAAGCGCCCUGGGCGGUCUUCUUGGUGCAGCGUUUGCUGCAUGGUACUCGGUCACGCUAGUGGCCGUUUACGUGCGCUACCAGCCGGGCACUACAAACAGCCCCAACCCACAGUGCAGCGAUGGUAGCUGCAGCCAAGGCCGUGUCAUUGGUCUGGUUAUUUUCUUGACUUUUACGUCGUACUGGGUCUCUGAAUGGAUCAAGAAUACUAUACACACGACGAUUGCCGGUGUAUAUGGCAGUUGGUACUUCUGCUCGCGCAACUACCCUCAACGCGUUACCCGAGGAGCACUGAAGCGAUCCUUGACGUACAGCUUUGGCAGUAUCAGCUUGGGCAGCUUGAUCGUGGCUAUUAUCAACUUCUUGCGCCAGCUUUGCUCAAUGGCCAAGUCGCAAGCAGCCGCAGAUGGUGACAUUAUUUCGUGCCUCAUCUUUGCUUGUCUUGGUUGCAUCAUUUCCAUACUGCAGUGGGCAGUUGAGUUCGCCAACCGAUACGCCUUCUGUCACAUUGCACUGUAUGGGAAGAGCUACUUUUCCGCCGCAAAGGAUACCUGGAAGAUGAUCAAGGAUCGCGGCAUCGACGCCCUUAUCAACGAUUGUUUGAUUGGUCCGGUUCUGGGCAUGGGCGCCAUGAUGGUUGCCUUCGCGUGUGCCCUGCUUUCGUAUGUGUACCUGGUUAUCACCAACCCAGCGUACAACCGCGACGGCAGUUUCACUCCGGUGGUGGUUGCGUUCAGCUUCCUCAUUGGUCUUCAAAUCUGCAACGUUUUUACCACGCCCAUCAGCAGUGGUAUUGACACCAUCUUUGUCGCUACGGCCUGGGACCCCGAGGUCCUCAUGCGCGACCACCCGGAUCUCUACCACCAGAUGGUGACUGUUUACCCCGAGGUUCAGCAGGCAAUCCACGCUUAA